CCAACUGUUCCACUUGACGCAUCGAUCGAUAUCUGAAUUGUUCAGCGUACAGACGAUGUAGCAGAGCGGCACACUCCUAUAUAAAGAGGGAGCUCUGGACUCUGCUCUCCCUCAUCCACCGCCAAAGCUAGCUGCCAGCCAAGCCAAUCUCCUCUCCUCUCCUCUCCUCUGCACAAACACGACUCCAGCUUCAGUUCCAAAGUGAAGAACAGCAACACGAUUCAGGCUUUUGCUAGUCAGCAGCCUCUGAAUCUCAUUCCACCCAAGAGAGCAUCAAUGGCCAAGCAAAAGAUUGUGAUCAAGGUGAACAUGGCGAGCGACAAGUGCCGGUCGAAGGCGAUGGCGCUGGUGGCGUCGACGAGCGGGGUGGACUCGGUGGCGCUGGCCGGGGACGGCAAGGACCAGGUGGUGGUGGUCGGCGACGGCGUCGACUCCAUCAAGCUCACCACCGCGCUGCGCAAGAAGGUCGGCCACGCCACGCUCAUGACCGUCGGCGAGGUCAAGAAGGAGGAGAAGAAGCCGGAGCACGCCGUCGUCGAGUACCCGUGGAGCUACCACCCCUACACCUUCGCGCCGCCGGCGCAGCACGUCGUCUACCAAUACCCGGCCAGCUCGUGGUCUAUAUUCUAAACAAAUCAAUUUGGGCUGUGUUUAGUUCCACGUCAAAAUUAGAAGUUUUACUAAAAUUGGAUGUUUGAAGAAAAAAGUUGAAAGUUUAUGUAUGUAGAAAAGUUUCUGAUGUGAUAGAAAAUUUAGAAGUUUGAAGAAAAAAUUGGAAACUGGGAUCCUCUCAUUUAAAAUCGGAGGGUGGUUGCUGACAUGUCUAUUCUAUUAUCUCUAACUGUGCUCAAUAAAAUGAAGCUCGUAUUAUUAUAUGAUUAA